UUUUUUUUUAGACUCGAUAGUUGAUUUCUUCGUCAAGAAGUAGUUGGUACCCGAUACCCGAAGUAUUCAUGUACCAGUUGCUAAGUUUUCUGUUAUCGAUUGUUAGUUCCAUUUAUUGAUAUUUUCUUCUAGUGGUUUGUGCGUAUUAUAGCUGUAUGUUGUUUUUCUUAAUGAAUUUGCACAAUUCAUUAAAGUGUUCGCUGGAGAAGGUUUUGAGAAUCGCAGGACAUACAAAGAUUUGAUGAUUGUCGGUGUUUGGCAUAUUGCAGAUUUCGCAUAUGUUGGAAUUUUCAGCUUUUAUUAAAAACAGGAGUGAGGUUGGUGCCGGCAAACCAGUGACGAGUUGGCGGUUCAGGAAAAAACUGGGAGAAGUGUUGACAAACUAAUGAAUAGCCAUCCUUUAUGGCCAGCUUAGUGGUUAUGGAUGCCCCGACUUGGGCUGCGCAUUUUGCAAAGGAGUCUGCCCGUUCAUUAGCAGGAAUACCAAUAUGUGAGGGAGUCCAAAUAAAGAAUGUGAGUCGUCUGUGGGGACUGUGAUUUUGGUUCCUGUUAAUAAACUGUUUGUUGCAAAUGGAAGCAGUGACUGCUGGAAACUUUUUAAUACAUUUAAGCCUUCUGUGCUAUUAAGAGAUAGAAAUUAUCUUGGCUGAAGGUGGGCUUGGAAGGCGAUAUUUGGAUUGGAUCGGCAAUGGCAUGACGUAUUUGAAUUCUGGGUGAAGCAACUUGGCUAUAUUUUGUUUUUGUAACUAUUUUGUUUAUUUCUUCAUAAACACUUCUUUUUGGUGCACUGUUUUUUAUUAGAGGGGGGAAUGCAUUAUUGUAUUUUUCUUCUGAGAGAAUUUGGAAACGAUUUUGUGUUUCAGGGUACUCAUGAACAACUUCAUUUCUUGACAGAUUGGAGAGGGCCAUGAUACUCCUUAUAUUUUUUUCGGAUUUCCAUUUUGGGCAUUUAUUGGAAUCUGUAGCGAAAUGAUCAAUACUGCUGCAUAGGAUGCAACGCGGGGAGCUGCAUAUAUCUUUGCAUGUAGUACUUGAGCGACAAUCUUGACAUUUUUGUUCCUUUGGACAGUUAUUGGGACAAAUCAUAGUUUUACCGCAACUUAAACAUUUUUUCAUUGACCUGCAACGAAUAGCUAUGUGUCCUAGACGUCCACAGUUCAAGCAGAGACGUACUAGUGGCACAUACAGUUCCGUAAUAUUAAUUUUUUGGAAUUUGGCAUAAAGGUGCAAUUCGCAAUUUUUCCUCCUUGUGCUUAUUGGAGUUUCUGAAGAAACUAGAACAAAAAAAGGGCCAGGAUGAUACGUUGGAUACAAAAUUGAUUCUUUGUUUAGAGAAUUCUAGUUGUAUUCAUCUUCAUUUUCAUUGUUAGUAGGUAGUUGUGCGUUUGCAUUAGUGUUAACAGUCUUAACUGGGGAUCCAUAAUUGUUUUUAAAGGCUUUUGUUUCUUUGGCAGUACUGCUGGCUUUUCUUUUGUUUUGCUCCCCCGGUGGAGGAGGUGGCGGAGGAGGAGGUUCCCCUACUCCCCCCAUUUUAAAUUCUUUAAAAUUAUCUUUUUAAUUUAAAGAUGAUGUAAAACACUUGUUUUAAAUUAAAAACAAGAACCGAAGAAAAUUGUAAGUGUGUGCGUGUUUGCAGGUUUUGGUUUGUUGUUGUUGAUAAUAAAGUUGAGCGACCAGCGCGAGAAAGUAGUCUAAUGUCAACAAAAGUUGAAGAGCGAAUUUUUUUAUCGCAUUUCUGCUAAUUUUCCGUUCCCUUAUUUUUUGAGCAAACCUAAAUGAGAAUGACAUUUCGAACUGUUCUCUCUUCUGCUAGUUUUACUACUAAAAAAGUACUGGAACACAACUAAUGUUGUUAUUGUAAAAUAUUAGUUGUUGUAGUUGAUGCCUUAUAAAUACACCUUGGUAUUACUAUAGUAUCAAAUCAGCUGGGACUUGCUGUUGCCUGUAAUGCAAGCCACACACUAUACAACUGGUUGUACAACAUGGAGAGUACUCAAAUUGCGUGUUUCGGUCACAAACGAUACAACUUAGUGUACAACCUCUUUGUACAACUUCACUUUUCAUAGAGUUUGUUUGAGUUAAGAUGACACCGGAAAAAAUGCAUGCUCUAUAAUUCACUCAAUAGCUUUUAUUUAUUAUUAAUGUUUCAAAUUAUAUUUUAUAAAUUGAAAUUCCAUUUUACAUACACAUUAAAAUCACACCUUUGAUUGGAUUUCGUAUUGUUUUGAUGUGCAAAACAAUGGUGUUGCCUCUUCAAAAAUAAACACAAAAUGAAAUUGUAUGCGACAUGCCCACAAACGUUACAAUCGGUCAUGUCAAAUAUCAAAAAAUUUAGAUUUUUUAUACAACCGAGACACAACUUCGUACAACCGGUCCACAAACAAUAUAAUCUUGAGUGCAACCAUGGUACAAUGAAAAGAAGGUAGGUCAACUUUGAAAAAAUUGCAAGUAUAGAGGUCUACCUAUUUGGCUUGUAAUGUCAAAAUUAGUAUCAAAACAAUAAAAAAAUCAAACAACUUGUUGCAUUUAUUUUGAAUAAAUAAUUGAAAACCGCGAUAACUGAAUGAAAGGUCAACACUUCUUAUCAAAAUCAUGUACUAUAUAUCUGUUAAGGAUUAUUUCGCUACAAAUACUCUAGAUUUUGUCGAAGCAUACCUUGAAAUAAACAUUUUGAAAACAUCCGAAUUCCAAUAUUUUCUGAACAAUUUUUUUGUUAUUGAAAAGAAAGCACAUACAUAGACAAAUAAAGUGACAUAUUAAGCCAAGAAAAUAAAAAAAAAAAAUUAAAAUCAUAUGGUAUCAUAGCCCUACCUUGAUAUCAUUGUACCAUGAGUACAACCUCUCCAAGUUGUACAACCACAUGGUAGAAGAAUAUAGGUAGACUCGUCGACACAGCUGCUUGGACAAUGAACUGUCAAACUAAUUUUGGAAUUGAAAAUGUUGAAUGAAAAAUUAUUUGAAUUUGUAAAAAUUGUUGAAAAACGCGAAUUAUAAUAGCCUCCGAAUGACGUAGUAUAAGAAAGUAUAUAAAAAUCUACUUAUAUUUGAAAAACCCAUUUAAGUUUUUUUGACAUAUCAAUGCUUCCAAGCGUUGAUGCAUCUACCUGUAUUCUUCUGCCAAGUACAACCAGUUGUAUUGUGUGUGGCUUACAAAAAUUUUUUGAUAUUUGACAUGUUGUACCAACCGAUUUUAACAUUUGUGGGCAUGUCGCAUACAAUUUCAUUUUGCGUUUAUUUUUGAAGAGGCAACACCAUUGUUUCGCACAUCAAAACAAUACGAAAUCCAAUCAAAUGUAUGAUUUAAAUGUACCCAUGGUACAAUGAAUACAAGGUAGGCUAACUUUGAAAAGAUUGCAAGUAUUGAGGUCUACCCAUGGUACAAUAAGGAGGAAGAACAGCUUUGUAAAACUAGAGAAAUACAGCCCUGAGGCUAUGCCCGCUUCCUGUCAGAAUUAUUCAAAAUUAUAUGCAACAAUUUGUUUUCAUUUAUUUAAUAUUAUUUGUUUAUUUUUAAAAUGAGUCAAAUAGCGCAAAAAAUGACUGAAAAGUCUGGAUGUUACCUCACAAAUAUGAUCCUAAGUGUUCAAUCUUCCAAUUCGAUGGUAAAUCUGGUUAAUGUGGCGUUUCCACUGCACUUGAUUCGCUCUCUAUUCGUUUUUGGCCCUUAGCUAUGAAAAAACUAUCUAAUUCUUCACACAAAAUUUCCUGAGCGAACACUCAUAUUUGUACGUUGUUCAAAUCAAAUCACUCUCAGAACAACAAAAAAAUAUGUCCCAUCCCUAACAAAUGAGAGCAUUUAUCGAAAAAAUAAAUUGUGACAUUUAAAAAUUAAAAAUAGGAAAAUUUAAUGAAAUUUUAAAAUUUUUUGGGAAGACUGAAAAUUAUGAAUGAAAACUACAAUGUUGAAUGGCGUAUGUACAUUCAAACGAAAGUACAUUUUGUUUUCUCUCUCAUCCGAGGUGCGAAUUUUGUCCACGAGUUGAAAUUUCCACAGAAAACUGGAAACAAAAGAUGCAAUAUUUUCAAAAUGUUUGUGUAGGCAGAAAAAAAGUUUAAUAAGUGUCUCUCCAGCAGAAUUUGAAAAUAGAAAAAUACUAACAUAUGUCCAAAAUGUCAACAUUUACACAAAAAGUUGAAAACAUGAAUGAAAAUUGUAAAAUUAAUGAUAUAAUAAAUUUUGGAAGGAAAACAAUAAUUCUUCUAUUCAUAUUAGUGUGAAUUUAUUGUAUUUUCGUAUAAAUUCCCAUUUAAAUUAAACAAACAAAAUUUUUGAAAAAAGGAAUUAUUUUAUUAUGAAUUACGAAUCGUGCCGUAUGAACGGGUUAUUUCGUGUACGUGAUUCUGAGAGCAAACAACGUCAUUCAAUUUAUCGUGUGAACAUGCUAUAAUAUCAUCAUUGAUUUUAAAAAUAUUUUGUCUUAAUUUUUCAAAACAGUAAAUACAAAAUGGGCAGAAGUCGGGCACACUUGAAAAACAAAAAAAUUUAAUCCGCUGUUAGCUCGACCUUACCUUUUUAUUGUAUUGUGGGUCUACCUAUUUAGCUUGUAAUGUCAACAUUACUAUCAAAAAACUGUAGAUUUUGUCGAUGCAUACAAUAAUGCAAUAAGCAUUUUAAAAACAACCGAAUUUGAAUAUUUUCUGAACAUUUUUUAUUAUUAAAAAAAAAAUCAAAUAAAAAAUUAAAAUCUUAUUUUUUUGUACCAUGGUUGCUACCUGAUAUUUCUAACAUGGUAUCGGUACUAUCAAUAAUGCCAUCGAUUGUUCGCCAUCUCUGUGGUAUCGCUUCCUGGUUUGGCGCCUUAAAAUUAACAAGAAUUCGAGAAUAUCUGAAUGUUAUAAAUUGAAUUAAUUUUUCGUAAUGUCCACAAAUAAUGUUACGUCUAAGAAAUGUUUGCCAAUGUCGAAGAAGUACGACCGUAUAGUCCUCUUGGUUGAUAUGGAUUGUUUUUAUUGUCAAGUGGAAGAAAAAUUAAACCCUUCUUUAAAGGGUAAGCCCAUGGCUGUUGUUCAAUAUAAUGCGUGGAAAGGAGGCGGUAUAAUAGCAGUAAAUUAUGCAGCCCGUGCAAAAGGUGUUACACGUCACAUGAGGGGUGAAGAAGCCAAAGUACAAUGUCCCGAAAUUGAACUAAUUUCUGUUCCCAGUGUUCGGGAGAAGGCGGAUUUGACAAAAUAUCGCGAUGCUGGCAAGGAUGUUGCGAUCGUAUUACAACGUUUCACAACUGUGCUUCAAAGAGCAUCUGUAGACGAAGCAUACCUUGAUAUAACAGAUGUUGUAAACAAACGCUUUGCGGCCAUGAACGAUGGGACUUUUAUAUUGAAACCACAGGAAUUAUUAAAUACAUAUGCCGUUGGUUUCCCAUCCAUAGGCAAUUUUGUCACAACUGUUACCAACGACUUUUUAUAUCCCCAGCCACAUGAAAAAAUGUACAAAAAUUUUUCUGAAGAAGAUAUACCAACGGUACGAAGAAGUAAUAUACGGCUAUUAGUUGCCGCUUCCAUUGCAAGCGAAAUUCGGUCAGCUGUAUUUAAAGAAACGGGAUACGAAUGUUCAGCUGGAAUUUCACUAAAUAAAGUUUUAGCAAAAUUGGCUUGUGGCCUGAACAAGCCCAAUAAACAAACAAUCCUACCCCUCACGCAUGUCAAUGAAUUAUUUUCUACACUGCCGCUUUCCAAAAUACAAGGUCUUGGCGCAAAAUUUGGUGAAGAUGUAUGCCAACAACUAGGCAUUCGAUAUGUUGGUCAGUUACAAACAUUCACUGAAGCAGAGUUGCAGCGAAAAUUCGAUGAUAAAAAUGGUACAUGGUUAUAUAAUAUUUGCCGAGGAAUUGAUUUAGAAAUAGUAACACCAAGAUUCUACGCAAAAAGCAUUGGCUGUUGUAAAAAAUUUCCUGGAAGAAAUUGUAUUACAGGCGUUAAGACUUUGCAUCACUGGCUGAUGGAACUGGCUAAUGAAAUAAGUGAGCGUUUGAAAGAAGAUAUUGUACAAAACAAUCGUUGCGCAAAACAUAUGGUUUUCAACUUUGUUCAAGAAAUUAGCAAUGUAGACAUAUCCAGUUCCCGAUCAGCUCCAUUAAAAUCCUACGAAGCUGACAUUAUCGCAGGAACAUGCAUGGAAUUAAUAAAAGCAAAUACAAAAGUAUUUUUUCGGCCUGGUUCCAAUGGUGCUAUCAAUAAUCCGAUAAAGUUUUUAGGUAUAUCUGCUGGGAAAUUUGAAACACUUUCUUCAAAAUCUGGAACAAUUCAAACUAUGUUCGCACAACAGACUGCUAAACUGCAAAAACUUGCAAAUGAAAAUAUUUCAUCAACUAUAAAUUCCGAAAACGUAGAAACUGUCAAUCCACUGAUGAAAAGCAAAGAUAUGGAUCUCAAAGUGUGUAAAAAAGCCGUAACUGAGCCUAACAAUACUGUUGAAAAACUGUUCAAAAAUCAAUCUGAAAGGAAGAAACAAAUCAUAGACGGUGACCGCUCAGCUUUGACAUCACAAGUCCAUAUAGAGGGAUCCGAUAUACCAUAUGACAAAAAAGAUAUUGACAAACUUCCAGUUGAAUAUUCAAAAGAAAUGUCGGAAUGUGUAAUUGAUGAUUAUAAGUACAUUAAUCCAGAACACAAAGACGUAUGCCCUCCCAAUAAUAACGACACAAUAAAGACCAUAAAUAAUUGUAGGACAUUGGCAAGUUCGCAGCUGGCUGCGAUGUCACAAGUACAUCCUGGUAUCGUCUGUGAUGCUGCAUACUUUAUUCUGUGCAAGGAAUCCAAUGUAGUAAAGGAUAGAAUGAAAAACGAAGAUGAGAAACAGUAUUCAGAAAAUAUAUGUGAUAGAUUAAAAAAUGAAAACUCCAUUACUCCCCAAAAAAGCAUUACUCAUUUGUUUGAUAAACAAUCAACUCUUUCAAAUUCAAUUUCAGAUAUUGCUGAUAAUUUAAAUAUUUCUGCAUAUCAUGAUAAAUCAAAGCACUUUGAGAAUAGUGGACUUAGCAUCAUAAAAAAUAUUAGAUCCAAUAAAUCCGAUUACUUGGGAAGCGCAAAACUACAAUUUACCGAAAUUUCGAAGCCAGUAGAGGAUAAUACUGUGGCGUAUAGGUGGUCUUCAGUAAAAAAUGAAGUAUGCAAAGACAUAAAUAAAGUUGAAAGUGUAAAUAAUACUAAUAUCAAUAAUAACAGUUCUGACUGUAAAAACAAUAUAAAUUUGGAACAAGGUUUCUCCGAUAAUACACUUGAAAAUAUGAAUCACACACAAAUCAUUACCGAUAAGGAGCAAGUCAAUGAUAAUUGUGAAUUGGAGCAAUUAAUUCAAGAUUUGAAAACUAUUCAAAAUGAAUCAAAAACAAGUUCUGAACAACCUAAUAAGAAAAGAAAGCUUGACGACAUUUCUGACAAUUUUAAAUCAAAGGAUUAUCGAUCUGAAUAUGUCGAAUUUGCUCUGCCCACAUUUAAUACGGAAUUGGAGUUAUACAUUAAAUGUGAUAAAUGUGGUGCAAACAUCUUUAACAAUCCAGAAGCCAUUCAAACUCAUAACGACCACCACUUUGCCCAUGAAAUAAGCCAACAACAACGUCAUGAAUAUAGGGAACAUUUGCGAAUGAAAAUUAGCUCAGCUAAAUCCCCAACCAAUAACAUAAAAACAAAAGCAAAAAAGUUAUUUAAAAAAAUUAAUGUCAAACAAUCGUGGAGCACAGAUAUAACUAAAUUCCUAAAACCAUCUACUCUAACAGUUUCCGAACAAAAAGCAAUAAAUGAAAGUGCAUCAAGCGAAAGUUUCGUAGAGUUUUGUAAUAUUUGCAAAGACCAAAUAAAAGGUGAGGACAUGACGGAACACAGAGAUUAUCAUCUAGCCAAAGAAUUGCAGAAAGAAUUAAACAAGUUAGAUGUUCCUAAAGUAAAUUCCGUCAAACCCAAAUCGAAUACCCAUAAGAACCUAAACUCGUCGUUAACUCUACGCAAACCCAACGUUAUUUCAAAACCCAUAACAGCUUUUUUUACACAACCUAAUGAUAUAUAAGAAGCCGUAGGCAGUUCUUACAAGUUUGAAAUGUAUUCAUAUGUAAAUUGAAAUUGAAUAAGUACCUAUUUACAAUCAUUUUCAUCAAAACGAUCUCAACUGACUACUUUUUGAUAUUUUUCUAAUAAAUAAAUUUAACGUUCAUUUACAA